AUGGAGAACGGUCAGGACGAGAUCUACAAGCCGAGUGCAGAGUUUUCCAGCAACGCGCAUGUCAAGUCUCUAGAUGAUUACAAGAAGCUGUACGCUCGCAGCAUUGAGCACCCCCAGGCGUUUUGGAGUGAAAUCUCCAGUGAGUUCCAUUGGCAGAAAGAAUGGGAUACACUUUCAAAGUACAACUAUGACCUGUCUAGAGGCUCGAUCAGCAUUGAAUGGUUUAUCGGCGGGGAGACAAAUGUUUGCUACAACGCUCUCGAUCGGCAGAUAGAGAUGGGUCAUGGGAGUAGGACAGCGUUUCACUGGGUUGGUAACGACGAGGGUGAAACGAAAGACUACACCUUCUCGGACAUGUUUAACAUGGUGUGUCAAAUGGCAAACGUGUUGAAGGAUUGUGGAGUGAAGAAGGGGGACCCUGUUGCCAUCUACCUCCCGAUGGUCAUCCAACUGCCCGUAGCGAUGCUCGCCUGCGCAAGGAUCGGCGCCAUACACUCCGUGAUCUUCGGAGGGUUUUCUUCCGAAUCUCUUGCUGGGCGUAUCCUGGACUCCAAGUGCAAGGCGAGUUGCGUGCUGGGGACUGCGGGGAUGUGGCAACCUGACGCAGUACAGGUGAUCGUGACGGCAGACGGCGUCAUGCGAGGCCCGAAGAUGAUCAAGUUGAUCGAGAUCGUCCGCGAGGCCUUCGAUAUGUGCAAGAGCGAUGGGCAUCAGCUGGACCAUGUGCUGAUCAGUCAGAGACUUCCCGAGGACCAAAGUCCGCUCGGCGAGCUGAAGAACCUUCCGCACCAGUACAAGCUCCUCAAGGACCUCUGCGAUAAGGCCAGCAACACUUGCCCCGUGGAGUGGAUGAAGUCAGAAGACCCUCUCUUCAUGCUGUACACUAGCGGAUCCACCGGAAAGCCCAAGGGAGUUUUGCACACCACGGCCGGUUACAUGAUAUGGAGUUACACCACCUUCAAGUACACGUUCGACUACAGACCCGGAGAUAUCUUUUUUUGCACGGCCGACUGUGGAUGGAUCACAGGCCACUCCUACAUCACGUAUGGCCCGAUGCUCAACGGCGCGACUCAGGUCCUCUUUGAAGGGAUUCCUACCCAUCCGACCAAUUCAAGAUUCUGGGAGAUCUGCGAGCAGUACAAGGUCACUCAGUUCUACACCGCACCCACCGCCAUCCGCGCUCUCAUGCGGUUCGGCGACGAGCCCGUCCAACGUUGCAACCUCUCCUCAUUGAAGGUUCUGGGAUCUGUCGGGGAGCCCAUCAACUCUGAGGCCUGGAAGUGGUACCAUACUGUCGUCGGGUCCUCCAAGUGCCCGAUCGUAGACACCUGGUGGCAGACUGAGACGGGAGGACACAUGAUUACACCGUUGCCGGGAGCUACCCCGUUGAAGCCAGGAUCAGCGACGUUCCCCAUGUUCGGGGUGGUACCGGCCGUCCUCGAUGCCGAGGGCCGUGAGAUCACAGAGACGGAGUGCGAAGGGUACCUUGCCAUCAAGCAGCCAUGGCCAGGGCAGAUGAGGACUGUGUUCGGAGAUCAUGAGAGAUUUGAGAAGACCUACUUCGAGCUGUACGAUGCUGAGAACAACCUGAUCUGCAAUCACUUCUACAUCACGGGAGACGGCUGCAGGAGAGACAAGGACGGCUACUACUGGCUGACCGGCAGAGUUGAUGACGUCAUCAACGUCUCAGGUCACAGGAUCGGAACAGCUGAGGUGGAGAGCAAGUUGGACGAGCACGUGGACUGCACUGAGGCUGCGGUGGUCGGGUACCCUCAUCCUGUGAAGGGAGAAGGGAUCUAUGCCUACGUCAUCCUCAAAGAAGGCGUCGAGCCCUGCGAUCGCAUCAGGCAGGAGCUCAAGAACAAGGUCAGGAAGGAGAUCGGAGCGUUUGCACAGCCAGACAUCAUCCACUGGGCCCCUGGACUUCCCAAGACGCGCAGCGGGAAGAUCAUGAGGAGGAUCCUGAGAAAGAUCGCUGCUGGCCAGACGAUGGUGGAUGACCUCGGAGACGUCAGCACCCUUGCGGACCCCUCGGUGGUUGAGAGCCUGAUCGCCAGCAAGGCGGACGCUGCCUGA